GCUGAGGUUAAUAGUCUGACGUGUUUUCCUGUUUCUCAUCUGUCACACUUUCUCUCACAUCUUGUACUUUAAAGCUUUCUGGGUUGGUUACUCACCUUCCUGUCUAAACAGAUUCUCAGUCAGAGUGAGGUAGACGGUGGAUGCCACAAAUGCUGACAUGAAGCAGAGUUGGAGUAUUUUAUGUUUUCCAUUUGUGAGUCUAUGAUUUCAAAACGUACUAUUGCUCGUCAUUCAUGACUCUUCAGCUAAAACUAUACAACAUCUCAUCAUGACUGUGUCAACGCUGUGUUUGGAUUUGGUUUUUAUACUAUUUAUAGCCUCCCAAUGCAAAUGCCACAGUGAAAUACCACUCACGACAACUGAAAGUUGUCCAGCAGGAUAUUUCAAAUCACAACAGGGCGAUUGUGAGAUGUGUCCGAGCGGUUUUUUCUCAGACUCUUCAAAUAAAUUGACAAAUUGUUUCAGAUGUAAGCAAUGUGAUAGUGCUGCUUAUGAAGUUCAGGUUCUCAACUGUACAUCAACACAGAACAGUGUCUGCAAUUGUAAACCUGGGUUUUACAAGAGUGAUAGAGGCUGUGAACACUGUGACAGUUGCCAAAACUGCAGUAAAUGUCAGCACUGUAAAGAGAGUUGUAGCCAUCAAACGACUAGUAAAACCACGACAGUAGUUUGUGAGAUUGGCUAUUUUCCGGAUGGUGGACAAUGCCAGAGCUGUGUUGAGUCUAAGUGCGAGAAUGAGUCCUGUAAAUCUUUUUGUACCACAGUUACAAAAGGUUAUCCGCUGUUGCUGACGUUACUGAUCAUUGUGACCUUAUUUGGUGGUCUUCUCUGUCUUCUUCUCCUCUGGUUCUGUAGACGAAGAUGGCUUUGCCGCCAAGCCAGAAUGUGGCAUGUUGGCAAACAUCCACAAAUUCAGCCAGCAGAUCAACCUAAUGACGUAAUCAACGUUCCCACAGCAAUGGAAAGAAAUGGAACCACUAUUAAAACUUUACCAGUGACCAGCUACCCACACAGCACCUUCAGUGGAGAUUUACAGAGCAUCAUGGCCCCCCUGAUAGCAAACGGAAACCCAAAAUUGAUGCAGGUUUUGCAGAAAGAGACCUGGCCAGCACCAGUGCUUUACACUGUCAUAAGAGCAGUUCCCGUCAUGCGCUGGAAGGAAUUUUUGCGACUGCUUUCUGUGUCAGAUGAUCAAAUGGAGCGGAUCGAACUGGAGGCAGGCCCGUCCUAUCUAGAAAAGCAGUAUCAUAUGCUACGUCUGUGGAGCCAGAGCAGUGGAGCAAAGAUGGAGAAUAUCUACUCAACAUUACACUACAUGAACCUGUCAGGCUGUGCCCAGGAACUGCAAGAAAAGCUAGAACAACUGCAAGCAGGCAUGAAAGCUGACUCAUCUUGACUCCAUCUUUUUGUGUAUGUGAGCUGCAGUUGCAUUUCACAAUCAUUUACAAGAAACUCUGAACAGCGACACUCUGUCUAAUGAACUUUUUUAACAGGAAACUGUCAGUUGUGGUUAAAAAUAUUAUUUGUUGUGAAUUGUUUUAUUUAAGUAAAUGCAGAUUAUUAUGCAUAUCAUAGGUGCUUUGUAAUAACUGAUUAUAAUCUUUGUUCUUGGUUAUAUAAAUCAGUCACUGUACUGUACAAAUAUGAAAAUGUGUAGUUUUUAUAAUCAUAAUAAUUUAUACAUUUUAUAGUUGACGAAUUCAAAGUCUGAAUUUAAAGUUUGAAUUUUUAUCAUCCAUCAGCUUAAGGAGGUAUCUAGUUUUCAAGAUAAACUUAGCUGCUUAUUUGUUUAUUAUAAGUUCUCAGUCUUACUUCAUACUCACUGUAACACCAGUAUGCAUUUAUUACUUUUCUUAAUAAAAACACAGUGAAUGUGUGGAAUA